AUGCCCGUGGUGGUGACGCGUUUUAGAGUGCUUGUGGUGUCGACGCGAUUUGCUGCGGGUACGCCCUGCCUUACGGCGACUACGUACGUGGCGUCUCCUCCGAACUUUCACGCGAACGAUGUAAUACACACCAUCAGCUCGCCCCACGGACAGGUCCAGAGGAUUGUGGUGUUCAAGAAGAAUGGCGUACAGGCGAUGGUUGAAUAUCCUUUUAAAUAG